AUGACUGUGGACGAAACAGCAUUAGAAUUUCAUGAGAAGAGUCGUUCAAUACGAGUUCAUGAAAAUAAUCGUCUUUGUGAAAAAAAAAAUUAUGAAACAUACGGUUAUGUAAAAGGAAAUCAAUCUUAUUCAGAUGGUAUUCAUCAUAUUAGAAUGAAAUUUGAAAAAAUUGAAUCAUCAAAUUCGAACAACUGUGAAUGGUCUCCAUGGAUAUUUAUUGGAUUAUGUUCAGCUACAGAUCGAUCAGCAUAUGGAGAUGUUAGGUAUCAUAAAUUACGUUCAGCUUGCGGUUGGUCAACCAAUGGAGAUAUUUGGAUAAAUGGCAUGGGAAAAAGAAUACAAUGGUCUGGUAUUCCUAUUCAAAAUGAUAUUCUUCAAUUAACUAUUGAUUGUAAUCAAAAACUAUUAACUUUAGUUAAUGAAAGAACACAUGAAAAAGCAAAACAUAUUCAAAUUGAUUUUCAAGAUAAAACAAUGUUUCCUUGGUGUUUUUAUCUUGUUUUUGCUAAUCAUGGAUAUAGAGUACGAUUAUUAUAA